CAGAAAAGACACAGUUAGCCAAAAUGAUCCCUGGAGGUUUAACUGAAGCCAAACCUGCCACUCCAGAAAUCCAGGAGAUUGCUAACACGGUUAAACCGCAGCUUGAAGAAAAAACAAAUGAGACGUAUGAAGAAUUUACAGCUAUAGAAUAUAAAACUCAAGUGGUUGCUGGAAUAAAUUACUACAUUAAGAUACAAACAGGUGAUAAUCGUUAUAUUCACAUUAAAGUAUUCAAAAGCCUUCCUCAACAAAAUCAGUCUUUGAAACUUACUGGCUACCAAGUUGACAAAACCAAGGAUGAUGAACUGGCCGGCUUUUAGCAGCG